AUGAUGUUCACGGUGUAUUGGUUCGUCCUUGAUGACACAAAUACAAAAAACUAUAGCUUGAAACUUCUUGAAAUUUACCGUGAGUGUGCUGAAAUAGCGGAAGAAGGGAAUCUUACGUUAACUCUGGCCAACAUUUGUGAACAACACUUUAGAUUCGCAGAAGUAAGAGAACUUUACAAGAAAGGGAUGGGCAUCAUGCGAGAAAACGGUGACAAAAAUGGGGAAGCACAUGUUUAUGUGGGGUUUGGAACCAUGUCCUACUAUCUCGGUGAAUAUGACAAAGCAAUAGAAUAUCUUGAGAGAGCACUAGCUAUUACAAUAGAAAUUGGGGACAGGAAAGUUGCUAUCUUCCUUCUCAACACUGGCCGUGGUCUCAAAGCCAUUAUUGAGGUCUGCGAAGAAUGUUUGAUUGUCCUAAACAGCGAAGUGCUGAAAAAAGAAGAACAAAUUUUCAAUUUAGUUAACGUUGCUAUAUAUAGAAUGAUGUUCACGGUGUAUUGGUUCGUCCUUGAUGACACAAAUACAAAAAACUAUAGCUUGAAACUUCUUGAAAUUUACCGUGAGUGUGCUGAAAUAGCGGAAGAAGGGAAUCUUACGUUAACUCUGGCCAACAUUUGUGAACAACACUUUAGAUUCGCAGAAGUAAGAGAACUUUACAAGAGAGGGAUGGGCAUCAUGCGAGAAAACGGUGACAAAAAUGGGGAAGCACAUGUUUAUGUGGGGUUUGGAACCAUGUCCUACUAUCUCGGUGAAUAUGACAAAGCAAUAGAAUAUCUUGAGAGAGCACUAGCUAUUACAAUAGAAAUUGGGGACAGGAAAGGUGAAGCAAGCUGUUGCGGAAACUUAGGAGCUGUGUGUAAAUCCCUUAGUAAAUAUGACAGAGCUAAAGAAUAUCUAAAAGAAGCACUUGCCAUGACAUUAGAAACUGGCGAUAGAAACGGAGAAGCAAGCUGUCGCGGAAACUUAGGAGUUGUGUUUCAACAUCUUGAUGAACAUGACAAAGCUACAGAGUACCAUAAGAGAGCCCUAGCCAUCAAAACAGAAAUUGGGGAGAGAGAAGGGGAAGCAUGUUGUUAUGGAAACUUAGGAACUAUAUUUACAUCUGAAAGUGAAGAAUGA